UGCCCAAUCUCAGGUGACACAGACCCCAGCCAUUGGAGUCCUCCCAAUACAGAGUACACCUGGGGCGUCCUCGCCUCUCCCUGCCAUUGAUUCCUAUAGGAAGAGGCUGAAUGGGGUGGGGAGAGGACUCAGAGCGCUGCCCAAUACUGAGCUUAGCCAAAUGACCAGGUCAAGUCAAUAGAGGGAUCUAUAAUUUUGGUGAGGGUCUGUGCCCCCCUCAGAUGGGGCAGCAGGUGCCUGAACAUAACCCUUGUAUUGUGCUGCUAAAUUCCCAAUGGCUACGAGGAAUUGCUUAUAAGCAGUCGCCCGGCAAGCAAAAUGGCUUCCAAGUGAAGUAAUGCUGGUGCCGGACAGGACCUCGUCUCCACUGUGCGUUACUACAGGCAGCACCACCACCGACGAGACCUCCGCCACAUCCGCAGCUUCUCUCUGCACGUCACGUGACCCGCCCGCUGCCUCAACUCAACACAAAAAAGACGAAGCUUUCUCCACAGGAACCACCUAACCUGCCAGCGGCCAAACCACGCGAGACUUCCCGGCAGCUCAGCGCUAUGGCAACGCCCCUGUGUGGAAGCGCCGCGCUAACGCCGCGGUUCUCUUACGAGGGGCUCGGCGCGUGCGAUAAAUUCUCCCCUCUCACCCUGCGGAGUCUCGGAAGAGAAUGUAGAGUCCGCAAUCCUCCCAUAGCUGCCUCAUAACCCUUGACCCCUCCCACACACUGCAGCAUCUCCCAUCGUGCCAUGCGCGCACCGGACUACAUUUCCCAGAGAGCUGCGCGGCGCCGCGUGACGUCACAAUGUCUAUAAGUGGAUACAUUGUAACGCUCUGAGCCCAUUGUUACCGAUGUAUGGAGCCGGGGCGGACAGGGCAGGACGCGGCCGCUUUCCCCGAGUUCUUUUUCAGUUGAGGUGACACCCGGGUCGUGGAAAAGCAACCCCCCCCGCCCCGUCCUCUCCUCUGCACCAGCCGGUCCCUGCUCCCGACAGAAAUAAAUCAAUAAACGCCCUUUGCUUGUUGACUGAGCUUCUCUGCAGGAUUGUUAGCAUCCUCACUAGAAAGGAGACCGACGAGGAGAUGACAUUACAGCGAUCUGCUGCAUCCCCGGCCCCCACGGCUUGCACGUCUCCCCGCCUUCCCCUGUAGCCUUAUCCAUCGAUCCCUUCCGCCCCGGCUUCGAUUAAACCCCCCCAUAACCAAUGCUCUGGUCAUCUGCCCCCUGUCGCCCCCGGUACCGAUCUGUUCUCACCUACCCUUCCUCCAUCGGACCUUCUAAUUCGUGUGCGACAUAGCUCGCCCUUCAGAAAAAGAAAAUAAACGACAUCCAAGCAGAUCGGCCGAUCAUCGGACUAGAAGAAAGCUCGCCUUUAGAAAAAAAAAAAAGAAGCAACCCUGAAACAAAUGGAUGCUGUGAUGAGCAGAAGCCUGAAAAGAAAGUUUGAAGAAGUAGAUGCUGGAUCGCCAAUUUCUACAUCAAAAGAUUCUGAUGAUGAGAUCUCCAACAGCGAUAGUGCGGACAGCUGUGACAGCAUCAACGCUCCUACCACCACUGAACUUAUCCCAACAUCCAUCCUGAAGCGGCAGAAACUUCUGAGACAAAAGAAUGUCCGUUUCGACCAAGUCACUGUCUAUUACUUCUCACGUCGCCAAGGUUUCACUAGUGUGCCAAGCCAAGGUGGUAGUUCCUUGGGAAUGGCCCAGCACCACAACUCCGUGCAAAAAUACACGCUCUGUGAGUUUGCCCAGGAACAAGAAGUGACACACCGGGAAAUUCUGCGUGAGCACCUAAAGGAGGAGAAACUUCAUACAAGGAAGAUGAAGCUGACAAAAAAUGGUACGGUAGAAUCAGAAGAAGCUGAAGGCCUCACUUUGGAGGAUGUCUCGGAUGAAGAUAUAGAUGUUGACAACGUUGAAGUGGACGAUUACUUCUUCCUUCAGCCGUUACCAACGAAGAGGCGCAGAGCUCUUCUUCGAGCAGCUGGUGUUCAUCGCAUAGAUGCUGAAGAAAAGCAGGAACUCCGAGCCAUCCGUCUUUCUAGGGAGGAAUGCGGGUGCGACUGUCGACUCUACUGCGACCCAGAAGCUUGUCCAUGCAGUCAGGCUGGGAUCAAAUGUCAGGUGGAUCGUAUGUCCUUUCCAUGUGGGUGUUCUCGAGAUGGCUGCAGUAAUAUAGCUGGCAGGAUAGAAUUUAACCCUAUACGUGUACGGACCCAUUAUCUACACACUAUCAUGAAACUUGAGCUGGAAAAUAAGCGCCAGCAUCCACGACCUCAACCCCUUGAAGAGGAGCAUCCUCAUGCCUCUCUCGCUGUCCAUCCUCACCAUGAGACACAGGACUUCCAUGAAUUCAUUGCUGAAAACUAUCACUUGGAAAACGAAGCCGCUGUCAGACACCUGCAAAGUGCAGAGGAGCGCCAGAGGCUCUUGGAUGAGGGUGAUGAGGCUUCUAGUCUCAGUCUGGACUCCAGCGUGGAGUCUCUAGAUGUUUGUCUUUUGGAGACUCCUAUGUCAUUGCCACCGUCCACUUGCCAUUCCUCCAUCAAUCCAGUUUUGUUGUCUUCUAGCUCUUCUGUCCUCUGUUAUACUGAUGAGGACUCUGGGAGACCAGCCACACCACCGGAGUACACUGAUGGAAGUGUGGUGUCCAUUUAUAAUCGCAAUGCAACAGGAUUAGACACAGGGUCAGGCGUGAUCGAAUCUGUUCACUCUGAGGCCACUAAGCUAAGUGGCUCUGUAAAGGUUAACACUGAGACUUGCACUAUAAUUACCCCCUGCUCUAAAGAGGUGGACCCGGCCUCCGAGCCUGGGGGCAAUUCCUCUGACUUGGCAUCUCAGACUAAUGGGCAACUAGACACCUGCAUAAGUGAAGGGGGCAAGCUGCGAGAAGAAACUGAGAGCCAAACCUCUUGGUCAGGCCAGCCUUUUCCUGCAGAGAGUAACUUGACCGCCUGACACUUUUGGCAAACAUUUUGCACACGCCGCUCCCAACUUACCCCUCCACUUAUAACCCCAUUACUCCCUUGUCUUACUACCCUGUGCACACCUAUGAAAGAAAUCUAUUUAUACAGGCUUCGUCCUCCUUUAUUAAGGUCCAUUUUUGUUAUUAAGAGGAAAAAAAUCACUCAAUUUUCAAGACAAAAAAAGACCCAAGCCCUUUUUUGUUUUCUGCUGCAAGAGUGACUAUGACUUUUAUAAGUAACUCGGCAACAUUUUCUCCAAGCCAACAGAAGACUUCUGCAUUCAUGGCCUUGAAUAGAUUUGGGGUGACGUACUAUUUGGCUGGUAUUUUAUCUUUUUAUUUUUUGCAAUAUUUUCUCAAUCGUUUCUCACCAAGUCACUUUAGGUACAUCAGGCCUGGUUGCCAAACUAUUAGCUAUUAUGGCCCACAAAUUGUGGUCAGCUACUUUGCUCCUGAUUUUCAGGAUUUGAUCUGAUCUAUCCUUGAGCCCUUAGUUGUCCUAUAGACGGCCUAUCUAUAAUAAUUGGAGCCUAAUGUGUAACUAAAGCAAACCCAUCCAGGUAGUAUGGUGCUAUUGAGUAGGGUUAGAGUGAAAGCUCAAGAGUUUGGAGGGCUGAGCUGCCUUUUUUGUCUUUUUUUAUUUUAUUUUUUCGUGUGUCUUUUAAAAUUUCAAGCCCCAGUGCAGACGCACUUUAAAUUUAAGACAAGUCUUUAAAACAGGUCUAACCUACAGGACUCUCCUCUACUUUAUGAAGCUGCUAAUCUUUCCACCUGGACAAUGUGAGGGGGGACAGUUGUACUUCUUGUGCUCUUUAACGUGCUCGUCAUUUAUCCAUAUGGAUUCACAGUAUCUAUUUCAAGCAGUGACCCCAUUCACUAAGGGGUUAGUGCCUAUGUGUAAACAAGCAGUAUGUAUACAGUCCUUUUUUUAAAAAAAAUUAGGUUUUUACAUUGAAUUAUUGUGUUUUAAAUUAUGAAAUGGAUUCAGAAUAUUUAUUUCCAGGUAUUAACGAUCAACCUGUUUGUUUUAUCUUUGGCAAAAGUAUAAAAGAAAGUAGACGCUGCAGUGGUUUUAUUGCGCCGCAGAUGGCGGUCCUUGCAGUAGUCCGACAUAGCUUUAUUGGCGGAAUCAAAGAGCUGACAUUAUAACAUCCAUCUGAUCUAACAGGUUGGUUGAAAACUGGCUAAUAAAAUGUUGCCACCUACAGCUAGGAUGGUGCAGAUUUUGGUCUUAGUGUGUUUCUUUUAGCCUAAAAAGUUAAAUUUGUGACAUUUUAGCCUACUGUAAAAAUUUCCCCUGUAAAUGAUCUUGCUAAGAACUUAAUGCAUUCUAAAAUCUACGACUGCACUGAGGCGAUGCUGGGGUGCUAAUCAAACUUUCGUGAAUUGCAAUACAAGGCAAAAAAAAUAAAUGUAACUGACCCUAAAGAGUUAUCGGUCACAAAUUUAAAAAAAAAUGCUAUCCCUUUUAGUUUUUUAUUUAUGGUUUUAUUAUAGAUUAUACAUUGUAUCAGCUAGUGGCUGUGAUCUCCAUGACAUACAUUGUCCUAUGCCGGUAGAUGUGUCAGACCUCACCCCUUUUAUGUAAUCUCCCAUUACCUACACAGGCAGUCACUUGUCAGAUGCACACUGCCAUGCUCCUACUAAACUUCCCCAGGGUAGGAUUUGUGGAUGUUGGGUUUGAAGGAUUUGGUUAUUUCCAUUGUAGCAAAUUAGCUCACACCAGCUAAAAACACGGAAAUCAGACAUAAUAUCGGACAUGACAGUCUCUUUCUAAUAAAACUAUGACCAGCACCUCACAUGGAUCCAGUAAUCUCCCCAUUCAUUGCUCCAAUUGUUCCACUAGAUUUUUUUUUCCGGCUGGCAGCGCAGGGGGAGUGUCCUUUCUGCUGUAGCUCUUUCCUUGUAACUGCCACCGCUUCUAACAGGCUGGCUGGUGACAGUUGAAUAUUUAAACUGAGCGUGUGCGACCACCUCAGUAAGAUGGACAAGAAAAAAGGAAAAGAACAAACAGCAGGUGGCGCUGUACAGAUUCCUUUUAUGCAAUAGCUUAGUGACUAUACUAAAUUUCUAAUUACAUGUCAUUACAAAAAUCUUCAGAUCUAGGUGCUGGUUUGAAAAAUGUAGAAUAUUUUACAUAGCACGACCCCCUUAAGAAACGUAGGUGCUGUAUGUCAAGCUAAUGUGUCUGUGGUUACAACUUCUAUUCCAUAAUGUUUUAAGGAUGUUGAAGGAUGCGUAUUUCAUCGUCACAUCUGGAGCUAUACGUACGCUAUACAAUUACCGUGUUUUAGGCAUCAUUAGCCGUCCCCGCUAAAUUAAGGGACCCACUGAUACUGAUACUAAAGAGUGGUUUUCUUGUUGCACAGAGGAAGGAGAGCUUGACGUAUUCCCUUGCUUCUGCUUUGUGGUAUUGUGAAUUAAAGGAACCCUGCUGGGAGAACUUAUACACAGGGUUUGAGGGGGUGGUGCUGGAGUUUUCUCUGUGAACCUCAGUGUCAUGCCCCGCCUUGUCACAACCUGCAUUAGGCUUAGCGCCUGGAGUGUUCCUUUAAUGAUGUUCAGCUACUACAUGGAAUCUCCAUGGCGUGCUCCAUGCCCAUACUUGAACAAUCUUUGCACUCUACACACAAGGUUGUUUUAAAGCCAUUCGUUGUGUGUUGCAUCAUUGGCUAUGAUUAUGGUGGUUCUCUGGCCAGGUUUCCCAUAGGGAAUGGCGGCUUCCAUUGGCAAGGAAGGUCUUUGCCAAGGUUGCGAAAUAGAGACCGUCACAAAUAGACCAUGAAACAGAAGUGUCACAAUUACUCAGUGCAAAAUGUAUUUAACAUUGAGAGGAUUAGACAAGAAAAUAAUUUCAACCUCAGAUUAGCUUUCUAAUGUAUUCUGGGAAAGGUUUCUGGAAAGCUUAAUUGCGGCUUUCGAAGACGCCUAUUUAAAUUUUUUAUUCAUUGUGUGUGGGAGGCAAGACAGAUGAGGACCUUACAGUGAAAGCAAAUGAAAAUGUCCUCCAUCGAGUCUACUUCUAGUACAAGGUGACAUUCGUACCUCGGCUUCAGCCACAUCUUACUAUGGCUGCCGUUCACAAGCCAUUAUUUCCCUUGCAUUUGUAAUUCCCAGUUUUGGGUGGUGUGGUUAUAUUCCAUGCAUAUAGAUAUUGGUAGGUUUCCUGGACUUGGACUAGAGGAGAGCUGUCCUGAAGCAGAGGAGACGUAGCUAUGCCUGUAUUAUCAGGCUCUCUAUAUCUGUCUAAUACAGUAAUACAACCAGCAGAUUCCUCUUGCUGUAAUCUCAAUGAGAAAUUACCUCCAAGCGGCUGACCUAGAGGAGAAGUCUCUAACCUGGGGCUCUCCAGCUGUUAGGGAACUAUAAUGGCAUCUGCACAGAUGUUGGGCAGAUUAUCGGGAACGAACGUACUAAUGAACAAGCAACAUACUCGUUCAUCGUGUCAAGCUAUCUUUGGUGCGGACACCUCAAUCAUCGUUUCUGGGCAGCAGAUCGUGCUGUGUGAACAGGGAUCUGCUGCGGAGAAACAAAUUUGUAUGAGGUCUCCUUACAAUGGAGGGAAUCACUUAAUGUAAAAUGCCUCCACUGAACACUUCCUUCCCGAUAAUUGUCGGCACAGUGUAAAUGCGCCUGAACACUCUCAGGGCAUGCUAGGGAUUGUAGUUCUGCAACAGCUGGAGUGCCACAGUUUGGGGAUUAUGGCUCCAGAUGACCUUCUGGUGGCCUCAGGUUCUGAAACAAUGCCCCAACAGAGCCCAUGAUGUAGAGAGUGCCUUUCCAAGCUUAGCAGUGGAUGACUUGAUUCGGUUAAGGAAGUUCUGGAAGUUUUCAUAACCUAUGAACGCCUACUGAUAAGUGCGGUGUGUACAAUGCUAUAUUGUAUAGCUUUACUGUACCUUGGUUUGGCACUGGUCUACUUGAAAGCAUCCAUCAUCCCCUAUCAGGGGUUGUAGUAUAUAUUUUUUGGCAAAGUCUGCAGUGCUCAAAAUUGCUGGAACCCAUUAUAAGCUAAUUUGCUGGGACUACAAGGAUACCCACACAUGGGUGCAGGUCAACAUGCAGAAGAGCCACACGAAUUUCUGUGUAUUUCUGCACCCAAACGGCAACAUAAGCAGCAAUUUCUAACCGGUUGUGCCGCGGAUCUCACCCUUCACUAGAAAAGGGUAAAAUCCACAGCUAAAACUACAAACCUAAUUGAUGACAUGCUGCAGAUUUCGAAUUUCUACAAUUUCCCUCCCAAUCCUGUACUACACUGCAUUUUGUUCUGCACGUAUUCUGCCACUUGUGCAGGUACCCUAAUGUGAACAAGGCCUUUAAAGGCGUUGUAUCAUCUUGGAAAUUGGGGACAUAUCACUAGGAUAUGUCCACAGUGUUUGAUAGAUGUGGGUCCUGAGAAUGGAGCCUGCAAAAUGCGCAUGCUCAGCCGCCCUCCACUCAUUUCUAUGGGACUGCCACUCGGCUGUUUUCUGACGUCCUAUUAAAAUGAAUGAGAAGCGCACCACUCAAGCGCGGCCACUGCUCCAUUCACUUCUAUAAUAGUAAUAUUAUUUAUAUAGCGCCAGCAUAUUCCGCAGCGCUUUACAAUUCAGAGGGUUCAUGUACAAAACAAAAGACGUCCUAACGUAACUGGCUGAUAUACAACUGAAACACUAGGAAUUAAGAGCUUACAAUUUUUGGGUGCUUACAGAAAUAGCUGAGCCAGCGCUCGGCUAUUUUUUGGGCACUCCCAUAGAAAUUAAUGGAGGGCACACGUUCAUGCAACCUUCUGCACUUUGCAGGCUCCAUUCUAAGGAUCGGUGCGGGUCCCAGAGGUGGGACCUGCACCUAUCACAUUGGGGGCAUAUCCUAGCAAUAUACCCCCAAUGUCCAAGAUGAUACAACCCCUUUAAAGACUAGAAAAAGGGUCUAUUUUUUCCCCGCUUUCAUUACAGCUCAUCCCUAAUCCCAUUAACCAUUUUAAAAGGUUCCUGAAUGGUUAUGAAUAAGGUGAAAUGAAACACGGUCGUAAUGUGCUGUACUAUGUAUACCCCGGGGGCUUAUGUAGAACUACUUCCAUAAACAUGGCCAUGAAUAGGCAGAUGAAUCGCCAGCACUCCAGAGUGGAUUGGGUAAAAUUGCACUGCUUUAUGGUAGACAUAGAUCAUAGGCCAACCUCUCCAUAAAAACACUGCUUUGAAUCAUGAGUAAGACUAUUUAGAUCGACACACGGAAGCUGUAUUUUUAUGGACAAGAUGUUUUAUGUCUGCAAUAAAGUGAUUUAUAAGAAUAGCGUGGUGAGCUCUGUGGAGCAGCGAGAUGAUGGAAAAGUAGUACUGUACUGACCAGCGGACGACUGCACCACCUGUAAACGAUCUAGGGGGCAGGACCCAUGUCAGCUCUGCUUCAUUUUUGUAUAAUGGAUGCAGUUAUAUUGUUCAUGGCUGACGAUUCAUCUUAGUAUAAUAGCGUUCUCAGACUGCCUUGCACCUAGCGGCGCGGUGAGUGGACAGAUUUCUCAUAGUAUCUUGUGUGCUUGCUUUGCUUAAUUAAUACCCGGCCUUCCCCUUCAGUAAAAGCAAUGAUUAUGUAGGCUGUUGUACAGUAACAGCUCAGCAUUCCCAGUACUGGAACUGGUUUGUAAUGGAAGUUCAUGACUAAAGUUAGAUGAUUCAGCUCCACGUCACACAUGGAAGGAGGUGUUAAAAUGCAGAGCUGCAAUGAACGGUGAACCGGCAGUCAGGAAGUCCUCCUAUACGAGUCUCUGUACUACGUUUAUGGUGUUAUUGCCUUGAAACAAAGGCAGCUUGUACCCCAUUUCAUUAGAAUUCAGCUCAGCUUCGUCUGUCUAGCAGAUCAGUUACAAAAAUUUCCAAGCUGCCCAGAAAACCACCAAUUGCAGCGUUGAUUUUCAAUCUGCAACAUCUCAAUUUAGGAUCUCCACCACAGAUCUCAGUCUUUGCAAUUCAUUGGGUGAAAUUCGUGGCAAAUCCACCUGUGUGAUCAGCUAGAAACCGAACACGUGCCCGAUUGAGAUCACUAGUCUAGUGUUUACUAGUAGUCUAUCCACUCAUUUCAGAUGAUGUACACAGCAGCGAGUAAAAUGAAACUGUGUUCACAGAAUGAAGAAUUUGUGUCUACAGUCGCUUAUCAGUUUUAUACUCUGGCCAGCCGAGAAGAGGGAAUGAACACCUUGAGAAUGCAUGAUUUGAUGGCUAGAUGGUUACUGAGUGCUGAAUGGGAAGCUCCUAGGCACUAUGCUGUGCCUCAACACAUCUGAGAAUUCUCUCGGAACAAAAUAUGAAAUUAAUGUUUUAGUUUUGCUAAAAGGGAUUGUAUAUUAUAUCCUUAAAUUUGCACCCAAAAUCUUAAUAUUACUUCAUUAGAGAUGCACUUGUAUUAAACGCUAUAAAAUAAAUAAAUUCAUAAAUGGAGAGUUUCUGGCACAGAAUCAGUCUCCUUCUCCCUCUGGCAGGUGACAAUAUAGUCCCAGCCUCUUCAAAGACUCUGCUCCUCCCCUGACUAGCAAGUCAUAGCUUUUUUUUUUUUUUUUUAUCUGCUGCUCUGCAUUGACCAGAGGAUCUCUAUGCAGAGACCUGGCUUUGGGGAGAGUCACUACACUUGAUCUUAGCCAAAAGGCAGAGAAGUGAUGGGGGAGAGUCACUGAGUAUGUGUCCACCAUCACUCAGCAGAUGGACAUGCACAUGACUAUGCACGUUGAACACCAGGUGGUGUCAUACUAUGUAAGUAAACAUUUUCACAGCAUGUAGUGGCAAAUAUUGGCAAUUUUUUUAUGAUCUAAGAAUCAUCAAAUUAACAGCUAUUUAACAAGUUCUAAAUUAUCAUUUCUUUUCUUUUAAAGGGUUUGUCCAAGUUGUGAAAAAAAAUAAUAAUAUAGAAGUGUAAAUCUGAUGGGCAGCAAUAUAUAACUGAGCUAAGCAAGUUUUAGGUAAAAUAAAAAUAUAUAUAUAUAUAUAUAUUUCCUCAUUUCCCUGGUUCUCUUCUGGCUCUUUGUUUACCAGCAAUAACAACAAUAUCUGCCCCUCCCCCUGCUCUGCAAAGGGAGUGAAUACAAGUGCUGCCCUGAGUGACAUGCCUGGGAGACUCAGCAGCAUG